ACCUCUUUGAAGAGAAUGUAAAAUUGGCAACAUCGCUAUUUAAUUCCAUCCAACACACACUUAUUAAUGGGUCAAAGUGGCUAGUAAGUGGUCUUUUCUAGCCUAGCAGAAAUUUCACCAGCAUUUGGCUGGCUGGCUGAUGUUAAUUUAGAGCCCUGACUCUAAUACUAAUACAUCUAAGUAAUGAACACACUGAGAAGAAAAUGUAUAUGCAUGUUCAUGUUUAAUACUUGGAAAUAAUCCAAAUGUGUGAAAAUAAAAAAGGUGGACUGUUCCUUCAAGUAUGCUACACUUUCUCUGUGCAAGUCAAACUCUAGACAGAGUUUGUUAAAUACACUUCCUGUUUAGCUGUUUGUCAAUAUUUGACCACAAUGCUUUUUAUUGGCCAUACAUUGCCACUGUAUUGUGCUUAAAUGUCAUCAAUACCAAAGUGUACCGCUUGGGGGGCUUCUCUUUGUACAGAGGCCUUUGAUUGGUUAGAAAGAGAAGACAUCUCUGGUGCGAAAGUAUAUCUGGCACCUCACUUCCUUACAGGAAGAGUAGUAUCAGUGCUGAAGACAGGAAAUGGUACGUAAAGAAAAGCCAGUGGAUUCACUCUGACUUCAGAAACAAAGGCGGGAGUUGAGGUCCAACAAACCAGCCUCUUUCAACUGAAUAACAAUUCAUAAGAUUGAGGAUGUUCUGAAGGGUCUUGCUCAGGCCAGAUCUCCAUGCUAGGAUGCCCAAGACGGCGCUUUCGAUCGGCCCUGCUUCAAGCCUCACGUUGCCGUGAGGCCGUUAUCGUCAGAGGACAUCUGCAGGCGAGUGGGGUUUUCAUGAGAGGACGGGGCUUCCUGCUUUCUGUGGUCUCCCCAUCUGUGUCGUCGACUCAGGCCUCGACUUGAGCAAUGAGCCUGUGGCGGAGCGCCGCGGUGGAGGAGCUGAGUCGUGCCGAGGUGAAUAUGAGUUCUCCGUCAUGGGGAAGGGGUACCUCGGUGCCUAGUCGGCCACCCGCCACCAGGCCCUGGCAGAAACUGCGCUCCCUCUCCACCCCCGAGCGACCGACAGACUGCGUUGACAGGACCAUGAUGUGCCAGAGCAUCGAGUCACAGUGUGUCAGUGGGCACCGGGCCAGCAGCGACCAGUCAGUGAAGCUACCCCUCUCCAGGGGCCAGUCACUCCCUCACCCUAGGAAUGUCACCAGCCGAGGAGUUCUUAUGGAGCAUAUUCGACCCCAGCGAACCGAGGUGCGGGAACAGCCCCCGCGUAGAAGUGUGCCUCCUUACCAGAGGUCCCUGUCUGAGUCUGGGACAAGGGGGACCUCGACCACACUGCCCCUCAACGCCACAUCUCUCUCUGGACUGGUCUCCUCAGUCACACGCCGUCUGGGCAGGUUCCUAAGUCUCAGGGAUGACAGGUGCCUGGUGGAUCCAGUGCAGGACGACGUGAAGGGCCCCCCCUCGCACCGCUUCUCCUGCGGCCAGUCGCCAUUCUCCGAGGCCAGCGUGUGGGAGAGGAAGUACUGCAUCCUGACCGACAGCCAGCUCAUCCUGCUCAACAAGGAGGAAGAGCAGAUGCCAGUGGACAUGCACGAGAGUCCCACCGCGUCCUCCUCCAAGGGGAGGAGUCUUCGGCGGACAGUCAGCGUGCCCUCCGAGGGACAGUUCCCAGAAUAUGCACCAGAGGGCGCCUCCAUGCUAGAGGUGUCGGCGGAGCGCUCGCCCCGGCGCAGGAGCAUCUCCGGGCUCGGCAGCUCUGAGAAGAACAUCUCCAUGGAUGGGCCCAACUCCUCCCCCUUCAAAGUGCCGGGCUUCUUCAGCAAACGUCUCAAAGGAUCCAUCAAGCGGACCAAGAGCCAAACCAAACUGGACAGGAACACCAGCUUCAGACUUCCCUCCCUCAGACCCUCGGACAAUGACAGGUCGAGAGGCCUACCCAAGCUGAAGGAGUCCUCUUCCCAUGAGUCCCUGCUGAGUCCAGGAAGUGCGGUGGAGGCUCUCGACCUCAGCAUGGAGGAGGACGUGUAUGUCAAGCCAUUGCACAGCAGCAUCCUCGGACAAGAGUUCUGCUUCGAGGUGACAUACUCAGGUGGCAGCAAGUGCUUCAGCUGCGCCUCGGCAUCCGAGAGGGACAAAUGGAUGGAGAACCUGAAGAGAACCGUUCAGCCCAACAAGGACAACUGUCGGCGGGCCGAGAACGUCCUCCGGCUGUGGAUCAUCGAGGCCAAGGACCUGCCGCCGAAAAAGAAGUACUUCUGCGAGCUGUGCCUGGACGACGUGCUGUACGCCCGCACCACCAGCAAGACCCGCGCCGACUGCCUCUUCUGGGGGGAGCACUUUGAGUUCUCCGGCCUGCCCUCCGUCAAGAGCAUCACCGUGCACAUAUACCGCGAUGUCGACAAGAAGAAGAAGAAGGACAAGAAUAACUACGUCGGCCUGGUCAACAUCCCCGUGUUGGGCGUCAUGGGCAGGCAGUUUGUGGAGAAGUGGUAUCCGGUCAGCACUCCCACCACCAGCAAGUCCAAAGGAGGGGGCCCGUCGAUUCGCAUCAAGUCCCGCUUCCAAACCAUCACCAUCUUGCCCAUGGAACAGUACAAGGAGUUUGCCGAGUUUGUAACGAACAACUACACCAUGCUGUGCUCAGUCCUGGAGCCAGUGAUCAGUGUGAAGAACAAGGAGGAAAUGGCCAGUGCACUGGUGCACAUCCUGCAGAGCACAGGGAAAGCAAAGGACUUCCUCACCGACCUGGUGAUGUCGGAGGUGGACCGCUGUGCGGACCACGAUGUUUUGAUCUUCAGGGAGAACACGCUGGCUACCAAAGCCAUCGAGGAGUACCUCAAACUAGUGGGUCAGAAAUACCUGCACGAUGCACUUGGGGAAUUCAUCAAGGCUCUGUAUGAGUCAGAUGAGAACUGUGAGGUGGACCCUGGCAAGUGCUCCAGUAGUGAGCUGCCAGAACACCAGAGCAACCUGAAGAUGUGCUGCGAGUUGGCAUUCUGCAAGAUUAUCAACUCUUACUGUGUGUUCCCUCGGGAGCUUAAGGAGGUGUUUGCCUCGUGGAAGCAGCACUGCCUGUCGCGGGGCAAGCAGGACAUCAGCCAGCGUCUGAUCAGCGCCUCUCUCUUCCUGCGCUUCCUGUGCCCCGCCAUCAUGUCGCCCUCGCUCUUCAGCCUCAUGCAGGAGUACCCGGACGACCGCACCUCGCGCACACUCACGCUCAUCGCCAAAGUCAUCCAGAACCUCGCCAACUUUGCCAAGUUCGGAAAUAAGGAGGAGUACAUGGCCUUCAUGAACGACUUCCUGGAGCACGAGUGGGCAGGCAUGACGCGCUUCCUGCUGGAGAUCUCCAACUCGGAGACCAUCUCCAACACGCCGGGCUUCGAGGGCUACAUCGAUCUGGGCCGGGAGUUGUCCGUGUUGCACUCCUUGCUGUGGGAGGUGGUGUCCCAGCUGGAUAAGGGUGAAAAUUCCUUCCUGCAGGCGACGGUGGCCAAACUGGGCCCCCUGCCCCGUAUCCUUGGCGACAUUGCCCGCUCGCUGUCCAGCCCCACCCCCCUUCAGCAGCAGCUGCGCCGCUUCCAGGACCACAGCUCCACCCACAAUAUCAGCGGCAGCGUCUCGUCCGGACUGCAGAGGAUAUUCGAGGACCCGGCAGACAGCGAGGUGAGGAGCAUCAAGUCGCCGGUUCAGGAGCUCAUGGAGCAUGGCGUGAGCCGGGGGGGCAAACACCCGAUGCUGGGCCAGCAGUCCUCCACGCACAGCAUGAGCUUCUCCGACAAGGAGGAGCGCGAGCCCCACCUCCCCAACGGACGCAGCAUCUCCCUCAUGGACCUCCAGGACAGCUACCUGCUGCAGAGCGCCCAGGCGCCCCUUCCCGUCCACGAGGCCCCUCCGCGGCUGGGCAGCCGAGUGGGCUCGCAAGCCUCCCUCGGCCCCACUCACGCUCCUCCACCGCCGCCUCCCCACCACCAACACCACCACCAACACCACCACCUCCUUCAGCAUCAUCCGCACCUUCAGCACCAACCGCAGACCGUAGCCCCGCAGGCCAAAGCGCAGCAUCAGCAGCUGCUGCGUGAGAACCUUCCCCAGAGCGCGCCGCAGGUGCGGCGGCCCAUCCACCCCUCGCUCAGCCAGCAGCGCAGCCUGCAGCCGCUCUCCUUCCAGAACCCCGUCUACCACCUCAGCAACAUGCAUGCGGCCGGACACUCCACCACGCACUCUACACACUCCACCCAUUCCACGCGCUCGGCCCACUCCCUGCACCCGGACUCCAGCUCGGAGAACCUCAGCUCGGGGAGCUCGCGCAGCGCCAGCCCCAGCCCCAGCGCGGGAGCCCGUGGCGGGGGGGAGACGCCGACGCAGCGCGCCCCCCGCGUCCCCUCCAGCAGCAGCCUGGAGGAGGAGCUGCGGCGCAGCGUCCACGGCGACGAGUGUGUGGCCCCGGUGGGUGCGGCUCGCUGGCACCCGCCCCUGUCCGACUCGCUGCCCGGCGCCCAGGCGGUAGCCGUGCCCAGGCAGAGCACCGCGGGCACCGCGCACAUCGUGAAGGUGGAGCAGCAGUGCAGGGCUGUGGCUGCGGCACAAAUGAACCAGGUUGGUGGUGGCGCAGGAGGAGGAAACGGCGGCGGCGGUGUUGCUGCUGGUGGUGGCGUGCGUACGGCCAGGUCGCUGCCCCAGAGCGCCUCCCUGCGGAGCAGCAGCAGUGCCAACACGGAGCCCAUUCCCCAGAGCGGAGGCCGCUCCAGACAGCAGUCCACCUGCUCCCGAGAGAGCCCCGUGCCCCCUGUGCGUGGAGCCAGCAGGCAGCAGCAGGCUCAGUCCCCGGUGGAUCCGGUCACCAUGUCCCCAGUGGAGAGGACGGCCGCCUGGGUGCUAAACAACGGCCAGUACGAGGACGAGCAGGAAGAGGGCCAGAGCAGAGAAGACAACCGACAUAUCGAGAAGUAUGAGCAGGAGAUCAGUAAGCUGAAGGAGCGUCUGCGCGUGUCGAGCCGGCGGCUGGAGGAGUACGAGCGGCGGCUGCUGACUCAGGAGCAGCAGAUGCAGAAGCUGCUGCUGGAGUACAAGUCGCGGCUGGAGGACAGCGAGGAGCGCCUCCGCCGGCAGCAGGAGGAGAAGGACAGCCAGAUGAAGAGCAUCAUCUGCAGGUUAAUGGCAGUGGAAGAAGAACUGAAGAGAGAUCAUGCAGAGAUGCAGGCUGUCAUCGAUGCCAAGCAGAAAAUCAUCGAUGCACAGGAAAAGAGGAUCAGCUCCCUGGAUGCAGCUAACUCCAGGCUGAUGAGUGCCCUCACCCAGGUGAAGGAGCGCUACAGCAUGCACAACCUGCGCAACGGCCUGUCGCCCACAAACCCCACCAAGCUCUCCAUCACAGAGAACGGAGAGUUCAAGAACAGCAGCUGUUGAUUGGAUGGUGGUGUGGCGUGGCACUGACACAGCAAUCCGAUUGGCAGUGUCAUCAGGUCAUGAUCACAAACAGGAACAGGAAAACAUGAACAUGAAACUGAAGCUUCUGACUACUGUAAACACACAAUGGGGAAUGUCUGGCCGAGGAUGUAAAUAAAUUAUAUUAUUAGUGUUGUACAGAGAUGAUACUGGAAAGGGUGAGUUUGGAUGUGUGUUUGGAUGGAUGAAUUAUCAUACAGAUUUAAGUGAAUUUGUGUUUUAUAAAUACUUCUAUACUCACAUCCAGGUUAAGAAUGCUGUUAAAAUGAGAAUUUAAAGUAUUGUCUAAUUAAAAUAUUAUAUAUUGAGGUGAUGUACAUAUAGAGGGAACAUUUUUAAAAUAUGAGGAAAAAGCACAGAUCGUUUCUGUGGCUCUGAAGUGUUAUUGACAUAACAGAAUUUUAGAGAAAUGAACAUGCAAAAUAUUGAUGCACUCUGUUUUUAACCCAUUUUUUUAUGUUUUUAUGUGUUUUAUUUUUGUCUUUACAAUUGUCUGCUUUAUUUUAUUGAUGGAUUUAUUUUAACUGGGUGGCCUAGAAAGCGUUUAACUCUGGCUUUGUCAAUGAAAUGGAAUACAUUUUCCAACAUCUGAUUUGGCAAGUCUUAGAACGAACCUUUCCACUACUUAAACAGCAUUGUCAUUUCAUAAUAUUCUGACAGUCUCGUUGUCGUUCAGAUUCUCAUAAGGGUCUUUCCCCCUGCCGGUUUUCUGGUAGGCCUACAGCUCCACACAGCACAACUCGGCUGCCACUUUGCUUUUCGUUUGGGCACGACACAGCUCAAUCGUAAAGCAAAAAGUGGCAGCCGAGUUGCGCUGUGUUGAGCUGUAGGCCUACCAGGAAACUGGCAGUGGAGAAGAGCCUAUAGUGUCCUUCUCACCCACAUGCUGUGUGUGUGUGCGCACAUCCUCAUUCACCAACAUCUGUGACGUCAUUUACCUGCUCCAUUAUUUAUUUGUCCUUAGUACUGUUAAGCCAUGGAGAAUAUGUAUGGAAAUCACUGCCCCUCUGAUUAUUAUGUAACAUUAAUGUCAGAGACUACUGUUGUAAUGGCACUGUUAUUUUUGUGUUUUCACUGUCUUGAUAUGAACUCCAACCUCACUGAAUACAUUUUUAUACAUACCACCACCAACACCACCACAGACAGACAGAUUAUAUAUAUACACAGAGACCUACGCAUGAACCUCAACUGUACAACAGACGGUCAAAAGAUUAGAUAUUUGUAAGAGUUUUGGAAGUUGUUGGAAAUAAAGAUGGACUUUUGGUCUCAUGUACUUUU